GGGGGGCGGGGCGAGGCGCGGGGGAGCGGAAGUGCGUCACGGGCACUUCCGGUGAGCGGAGCGCUUCAAGAUGGCGGCGCUGGUGUUGAGAUGCGUCGCUCGGCGCUGCCUCCUGGCCCGGCUCAGCCCCGGCCCCUCCAUGCACCAUGUUGUCCCUAUGGCCACCACAGCCAAGGAGGAGAUGGCUCAUUUCUGGGAGAAGAACACCAAAUCCAGCCGGCCUUUGUCCCCUCACAUCUCCAUUUACAAGUGGUCGCUGCCCAUGGCCAUGUCCAUCACACACCGCGGCACCGGCGUUGCUCUCAGCUUAGGUGUUUCUCUCUUCAGCCUGGCUGCUCUGCUGCUCCCAGAGCAGUUCCCUCACUACAUGGCCAUGGUAAAAUCACUCAGCCUUGGCCCUGCUCUCAUCUACUCUGCUAAAUUCGCCCUGGUUUUUCCCCUCUCCUACCACACUUGGAAUGGAAUCCGGCACCUGGUGUGGGAUAUGGGGAAGGGCUUCAAGCUCACCCAGGUGGAGCAGUCAGGGGUUCUGGUGCUGAUUCUGACUCUGCUCUCCUCUGCGGGCAUCGCAGCGAUGUAA